UCACCACCAACCUGAAGCUGGGCAACCCGACAGACCGAAAUGUGUGCUUUAAAGUAAAGACCACGGCACCGCGGAGGUACUGCGUGAGGCCCAACAGUGGGAUCAUCGAUGCGGGAACCUCCAUCAAUGUGUCUGUGAUGUUGCAGCCUUUCGAUUAUGACCCCAAUGAGAAAAGCAAACACAAGUUUAUGGUUCAGUCUAUGUUUGCUCCGACUGACACUUCUGAUAUGGAAGCGGUACAUGAUGUAGAGAUAAAUAAAAUUAUAUCCACAACUGCAUCAAAGACAGAAACACCAACGGCGUCUAAAGCUCUGAGCUCUUCUUUGGAUGACACUGAAGUUAAGAAGGUGAUGGAGGAGUGUAAGAGGCUGCAAGGUGAAGUUCAGAGGCUACGGGAGGAGAACAAGCAGUUCAAGGAAGAAGAUGGACUUCGGAUGAGGAAGACAGUGCAGAGCAACAGCCCUGUUCCUGCGUUAGCUGCGGCUGGGAAGGAGGAGGGCCUCAGCACUCGGCUGCUGGCGCUGGUGGUCCUGUUCUUCAUCGUCGGCGUGAUCAUAGGGAAGAUCGCCUUGUAGGGCAGCAUGCGGGCGACGGCUCGUUGGAUUGAGGAUCCGCCACGUCAUGGGGUCUAAAUUUAUCAUAACCACGUGUAAACAGAAUUAAUGUAUGAUGACAUCUCACAAGUCUUGCCUUUAAAUUACCCCUCCCCAAGCGCGUGUGCGCGCACACACCCCAACACACAGGUAGAACAUAAUAUAACAAUCUUUUAGAAAGUUAAAAUGCAUAGUAAAUGGGGAAAGAAUGAUCCUUAUUAAUGACAAGGGAAACCAUGAUUAAACGAUAAUGGCAUGUUGUCCGUGUCAUUCUAAACGUCUGUCGCCUUGGUCCCUGUUGCUAGAUUACCUCUCUUAGAACACAACUCUCUUCCUUGCCUGGGGGUGCUGUCCUCGGGGCGCCGGCCCAGCGCGGAGGGGAGGGCCGCACCCCCGUCGUCGUCGUCCCCUGUGCUGCUCACUCACCCGGGCUGCUUUCCUGCGGUCUGUCCAGGACAUCAGUUCUUUGGGACUGACGAACAGAGUCUGAAGCCGAAAAGAACGGCGCGUUGGGUGCGCGCGCCCAGAGAGGGAGGCGCGCGUUGGUCGACUGCCCAGUGCUCUGCAAAUCCGAGUCAAGGCUUUGUUCUCCUUCAGGGACCAAGCUAGAUUCCUGUCGGUUCAUGUAGUGAGGUUGAAUUGUUACUCAGAGAUGUUUAAUGCAUAUUUAACUUAUUUAAUGUAUUUCAUCUCAUGUUUUCUCGUCACAAGACUAUAAUUAAUGCUGUGGCCUAAAACUCGCCUGUGCUACCUGACAGUGCUGGGUGGAGCAGGCCGCGCUGCCCGAGGCUCCGGGCUCCGCACGGCCGAGGUGUGGCUUCUCUGAGUGACGGAGAGCAGCUGCCAGAAGGGGUCUUCCGUGUGAAUAAGUGACAGCCACCAGGGGGCAGGGGGUUCUUAGUAGCGCCGUCAACUCUGCGUGACUCCUAUAAGGAGGAGAGCCGCCCUUCUCUCCUCCUCUUCCUCUCUCUGCCCCGUAACCGCCACUCACACUUGUAGCCCACACGCCCCAGGUGUGAUCCUGUGGCCCUAGCUGGGGGUCACGGCAAGCGAGUCAGGCAGCAGAGGGGUCGGAGAGAGGGAACCAGCUGGGGAGGGGUGGGGACAGGGUGUGAGAAACUUAGAUAAUCCGUCAAUAGCGAUUGAGAGUUUGACUGUGAAUUAAUUUGAUGCCGUGAAAGACCAAUCCAAUUCUGUUUGACUAUGUAGCAUCUUAAAAAGAGAAAAAUUAAAAUAAAGCCCCAGAAUUAAGAG